AUGGCUAAGUCAAUGCUGCCUCUACCUGUUUUCUGCCUUCUCCUGUUGCUGCUGUCCAUGAUCUCUGGGGGAACCGUGAAGUUGGUCAAUGGCCAGCUGUCAUCUCAGAAAACUUGGUGUGUCGCAAAGCCUUCGACCACUGAAUUAGCUCUAAAAGAUAACAUCCAGUUUGCUUGCAACAACAUCAACUGCAGCCCUAUUCAAAUAGGUGGUCCUUGCUUCUAUCCUGACACCACUAUAUCGCACGCUUCAGUGGUUAUGAACAUUUACUACCAGGCAAAUGGGAGGAACUACUGGAACUGUGACUUCGGUGGUUCUGGCAUGAUAAGCUUUAGUGAUCCAAGUUAUGAAAACUGCAAGUAUGAUUAA